CCGUCUCGUCCCCUCCGAUUCUGUUAGAUAUCUUCUUUCACUUUCAUCUCCCAGUCUCCUCUUCAUCUGCCCUAACCCUCGAUCUACUUUAUCCACCAAAAAUCUAGUCAAAUGUCUGGCCAGCCUCCUCACCCCAUCUCACCUCCCCCGGUCCCCGUUUCGCCUCCAUCGACUGGUGUGCGCCGCCAUCAUACUAUCACAGCGACAUCUCGUAGAAAUGCUCGAAAUGUCAUAUCGGAAGAGGGAUCCCAGGAGCAGCAGCUUUGGCACGAUGACGAGCCGGUGGACGAAGACUGGGUCGGUGGAGUGGGGGCCGUUGGAGAAAAGACGAGCCUACAUAGACAAAGCUCCCUGCCGACUAAAUACGCUCGAGGCAUCCACGGGAAGAGCGCCAGACAGCCUGGUAAUCUCACGCCGAGGACUAUGAAUAGCCUUACAGCGAUUGCUGGGCACGAAGGCGAUGAGGAGGACUGGGAGAACGAAAUGCGUGGAUAUCCGCACGAGGAUGGGCUUGACAUGUCCAAUGACCCUGCGCAGCAUCAGCAAGUUAUCGAUGCGCAGGCACAAUCUCAGUCCGGCAACCCUUCCCCGCUUUCGCCCCACUUUGGCGCUCCCAACGCCCCCUCACCGCCUCUCGCAGCUUCAGGGGUUCGCCGUCACCAAAGCCUAACGUAUGGCGCCCAGGGCAAUGCCAGACAGAUGCCCGCUGCUACUGCCGCUGCCGGGUUGAGGAGAGCUGGCACUCUUCAAGCUACCGGUCGUCACCCUUCCGCGAUGGGACCGACCCCUCACAGUCCAAGCCCGCCCAACGAAGAGGAGCAGUACGAGUACGAAGAGGAUCUAGUGAACCCCUAUGAAGACGAGUCAUACUUUAACUCGCGCUCCCCUCCACCGGGCCAGCAGCAGUAUCAGGGCCAGGUACAGAGCCAGGGGAUGUAUGCGGGCAGCCUGGGACGCUCACCUUGGAAUACGCCUGGCUCAGCAUUCAGCCCGGGCAGCUCGAGCAGCAUCGAUGACGUCCAGCGGGCGCUCUCCGCGCUAGAGUUCAACAAUUCGAACCAGAUCUACACGCCCAACACGCAAUACGGGACCGGUAACCAGGCCUCGUACCCGCCUCGGUUCAACAACAAUGGCAAUGGCGGCCAGGUUCCGUCUGGCUUGCGGCCCGGUAACGGUCACCCGGCGGUCGACAAUGGGCGCAAGCUACAGCUCGUGACUGAUCUCGAGGGCAAGCCGGCCAGCGUACAAAGCGCCGCGCCAUAUGUCCCGCAGGUUGGCGGGCAUCAACAGCAGCAGCAGCAGCGUGUCCCUGGCGAUGGUGGUGACCACGCGCUCACGGCGGGAGGCACGAACUGGGAGCAGAAGGACAAGCUCAUCGGAGGGCGGACAUCGAACCCGAACCUUAACUACGGCUACAAGCAGGGCCAGCAGGGCAACAUUCCGAACGUGCCGCCCAUCCCUCAGCAGUACCUUAACCAGAACGUUGGUGGACAGGCGCCGCGCUUGGGUCAGCAGCAGCAGCAACAGCAGCAGACGGCAUUUGGCCAACAGGCACCCUUACAGCAGACGCAGGGCGAGGGUGGCGGACAGCCGCUCUCUGGAUUUAUUGGCUCGCCGAUUGACGUGCCUUCGCUAAUUGCUGUGAAGGGAUACAAUCCUACGCAAUUCGACACGCGUCCCGCUUUCGCGCGUUACUUUGUCAUCAAAUCGUACACGGAGGACGACGUGCAUAAGUCCCUGAAGUAUGAAAUUUGGAGCUCGACCGACCCGGGCAACAAGCGUUUGGACAAGGCUUUCAAAGAGUUGGCGGGUAGAGGCCCCAUAUACCUGUUCUUCAGUGUCAAUGCUAGUGGCCACUUCUGUGGGAUGGCAGAGAUGUUGACGCCGGUUGAUUACACCCGCAGCAGCACUGUGUGGGCUUCCGACAAGUGGAAGGGUGUGUUCAAAGUGCGGUGGAUUUUCGUUCGGGAUAUCCCCAACAUGAACCUCCGGCACAUUCGCUUGAACAAUACGCAGGAGCGCAAGCCUGUUACCAACUCCAGGGACACGCAAGAGCUCUUGCCCGAAGCCGGUCAAGAGAUGCUCCGCAUUUUCCACACGCACCCCGCACGGACUUCGCUGCUGCAGGACUUUGCGUUCUACGAGCUGCAAGCGAUGCAGAAGGUGCAGGCUCAGCAAGGCGGCGAGUCGGUGGCUCCCAGCCAAGGACCGCCUUCUUCUCCGCCGCAACAGCAGCAGCAGCAACAGCAGGUCUUCGCCAUGGGCGGCAUGGGCAACCCGGCCUCUAUGUACGGCGGGAUGUCGCCGCAAAUGAACGGCGCUAUGUCCCCGGCGAUGCUCCAGAUGCAGAUGGGCAUGAUGAGUCCGCAGUUUGGCAUGCCGCAGAACCAGACGAUGCAGCAGAGCGUCAUGCGCAACACCACGAGCCCUGGACCUCCCGGUGGCCAAAGCUACAUGAAUGUCCCUUACUAAGAACGGACGAAGAAGUUAAGAAAGAAAGAACGAAUGGACGGAUGGAUUCAAAUAAAAUGAAGCAAAGGGCGAAGAAAAAUGGCGGUCACGACGUGGCCUUCGCGCCUCCCUGAGGGACGCGCGUCGUCGCAGACUCUGAAGAUGACAUUGACGGUAUAGAAUCUCGACAUAUUGAUCUUGCAAACGCCUCCCCAACACUUCUUGCUCCAACCCCCAUGCACCGUUGAAUUAUUAACAAUGUAUCACUGACAAGCCUUUCUCGCUCCCUUUUUCUCUUUCUUGCAACCCCCAGCCCUUCCCUCGCGUAACGCUUAAUCGCUCCAUGUCAUCUAUUGCUCUUGCUUCAGCUCUUAUCAAUCCCCUUCCUCGUUCUCCAUACGUUAUCGUUUCGAGACUUCGCUUUCCCCAAUCCUUUGUGUAAUGCAGCAGCUGCUCCGAUGGCCAUGGACAUGGGACACUAAAUGGACAUGGAUCUCAUAUGUUCAACAGAUCACGCUACAUUGUACUUGUUCCAUCAGCACAACGUUUCACAGUCCCUGCUAUAGCUCCCUCUGUAAAUCCGC